AAUGUUUUGACCGAUUCAACAAUGAGUUUCUCCAUUAAACGAAAGUCAGUCCAGAUGUCUCAUAAAUCACGAACCAGUCUAAGUUGACGGAACUAAACUUCUUUAAUUCUUAUGCAAGUGAAAUCAUGGGUAUUGGCUUUCUUACGGAAGCAAGGCUGUGCGACUUCCCCAAUCUGUGUUGAGGGAUUUUGAAUGCUUUCAAGUUUUCAACAGGCAUUCAAAUUAAGAAAGAUGACCUCUUCCACGCUUGUAGAGACGGUGUCCAUCGACUAUGAGGACUUCAGCGAAAGUUUUCUCACAUGUGGUACAUGUCUGUGCACUUAUGACGGCCAAGAACACACACCAAAGUUGCUUCCCUGCUCCCAUACGGUCUGCCGCAGCUGUCUCGAAAGAAUAGCUGCCGGGAACGGUGUCAGGGAUGCUGGAUCUUUCCGCUGCCCGAUUUGCCGAGAGACUAUACCUCUUCCGCGAGGUGGGGUGAAUGCCUUACCUCCAAGUUUUCUGGUCAAUCAACUCCUGGAUCUUAUGUCUCGGCAGAGAAGAGAAGUGAUCCCCAAAUGCUCUGUUCACUCAAGUCAAGAGCUUCUUUUCUGUGAAACAUGUGAUUGUGUAUUCUGCAGAGUCUGCACUACAGGAGCGCACGGAAAUGGCACUGAGAGUGGCCAGCACACUGUCAUACCAUUUUCCAUCGCUAUCAAAAGAAUGUCGGAGAUACUGCUGUACAAAGCACACUUAUGUAUCAGUAAAUUAAACAGGGCUGCAGAAAAUGUUAAUGAUGAAAUUACGAAGCUUGAUGCUAGUGCUGAAGACACAUUUGACAGCAUUGAUAGAUCCAUCCAAGAAAUUACUAGUGCUAUUGAGCACAGGAGAACUGAACUUGUGGAAUUGGUCAAAAAACUUAGGAACAAUAAAAAGAAAAUCCUUGUUGAUCAGCUGUCUAUAAUUGAAACUGAAAAGGAAAAAGUGGAACAGCAGUGCAAUGGUUUACAGUAUCAAGUUGAAGUUCGCAAUAUAACAAAUAAAAUAAGCGACCUGAAUAAAAAACUUGAUUCUUUAAAUGCUAUAAUGGAACCCAGAGAAAAUGCAUUUCUCAAAUACGAACAUGAUCAUAACUCUGCUUCUAGUGACAUCGAAAAAGCUCUUAAAGAGUUUGGCCGUGUGCGCUCCAGUACGACUUACCCUGCCUUGUGCUCUGCAUUGGUGGCAAGUUGUUCUGCACAUUUGGAAACUAUUGCAUGCAUCACAGCAUAUGAUUACCAUGGAACAAGACAGACUGAUGGAGGCGAUCCUGUAGUGAUUGAUUUGAGGUACGAAAAUGGUGAUAGCGUAAAAACACAUUUACUGGAUCGAAACAAUGGAAUGUACGAUGUCAGUUUCCUCCCCGAGCAACCGGGCAAUUACAAACUUAAUGUCACUGUGUUUGAUCGCCCAAUCAAAGAUAGUCCUUUUCAUUUUGUUGCAUCGGAGCACAUAAAUCCUAUUUCUAAAUAUGGCUUGCGUGGGAGUGGGGAUAUCCAUUUCCUGCAGCCUGUUGGUCUUGCCAUGUCAAAUUGCGAAAAAUUGUUCAUUCUUGAUACUGGAAACAGCCGCAUUAAAGUGUUGAAGAAAGAUUUUGAAUUGAUUGGCCAUAUUGUCAAUUUGGGUAUGGAAGAGCGUAGUGGCACUGGCAUUGCUUUAUCAUUGAAAAAUACUUUGCUGAUUGUAAAUUGGAGAACAAAAUAUAUUACCGAAAUAGAUACGGAAGGUUCAUUUAUUCAAAAAUUUACUCACCCCGAUUUUGUGGAGCCCAUAGAUUUGGCAGUCAACAGUAAAGGACACAUAUUAGUUGCCGAUAAUGGCGCUUCUUCCGUUUUUGUCUUCGAGUCAACAGGCAACUUCAUUCAGAAAUUUGGGAAAAAAGGUAAUGAACCAGGGAUGUUUAACUUAAUGACUUCAAUAACAGUUGGACCACAGGAAGAAAUAAUUGUUAGCGAUUCAAGAAUUCAAGUCUUUUCAAGUGCUGGGAAAUACCUGAGGGAGAUUUAUUCCGAAGGAAAAGGGAAAAGUCACUAUGGCGGCAUCAUUUAUGAUGGCAAAGGCAACCUCUUAGCCACAAGGUGUGAAAAAAAUGGCAGUUUUGUCCAAGUGUUCAGCUACCAGUCUGGUAAUUUGCAGUUUUCCAUUGAUAGUCAUGAGUCCAAGUUGAAGAGACCAAGUGGUUUAGAAGUCACAAAGAAUUAUCAUGUAAUAGUUGUUGAUCUAGGAAAUGAUUGCAUUAAAAAAUUUAGAUACCGAUAG